AUGGCCUCCCAAGGUGAGCACACAUCACGUAAGUUAAGAAAUAAUAAAAAUGUCUCUCCGUCAGAACUCAAUACCAGCGGUACAGAUCGUCAAAUGUCCGCUAUCCAAGAUAGUUUAAAGACAAUAACAGGAAAACUAGACGAUAUCAGUCAACUUCAAAAAUCCAUCGACAAUAUUAAUAAAGAUUUGUGGGAUGAAGAUGGCGUCGAUGAGCGGAUUAAGUACAUGGGCCAACAGUUUGAAGAUAACACAUCAGAGUUGGAAAGUCUAAGAAAGGAAAACUUUUGCCUACGUAGAGAGCUACAAGUUCUAAAAUCCGUUGUAAUUAACUUGGACAGAAGACUGACCCAACAAGAAAACGAAGUGGUGGAUCUAAGAGGCAGAUCGAUGAGGGACAACAUCUUGAUCCAUAACUUAUCAGAGGAAGAAGAUGAAGAUUUAUCGCACAAAGUUCGCGGAUUGAUUAAAGAACACUUGCAAAUAGAUGUAAAUUUCGUACGUAUUCAUAGAAACGGACAAAAAAACUCGGGGAGUACAAGGCCCAGAACUAUAACAGGAAAACUUCAAAACUCUAGUAAUAAGGAUCGUAUCCUUAGCGCAAUCCGACAGAAGAGAGAAAUAUCGGGACUUUCGGACAUGCCUUUCUACAUAACCCCGCAAACGCCGCUGCAGAUGAAUGAGAACAAGAAAAAACUGCAGGAAAUGAACAACAAGUACAGAGAGGAAAAUGUCAAAACCAAGAUAGUUGGUAACAAGCUUGUAUUUCCUAAUGGGAAUAUAUAUCGGGAUCGAGUGUUACCACCUAGAGCAGAAGACAUCUUGAUGAUGGAUGACCAAGAGGUGGACAAAUUGGAAGGAAUCACGGUGAUCAAUGGUGACAAGUUUUCUCAAGAAGGAAACAUUUUCACGUCCUUAUCCUCUACGGCAGAUACAUACGCAGAGGUACGAAAUAUGUAUAAAAAAGUACUUCGAGACCCAGAUUUCGCCUGUGCAAAUCACAACAUAUUAGCGUACCGAUUCAAAGAUGCAGAGGGUAAAAUUCACGAUGGUUAUUGUGACAAUGGUGAAUACGGGGCAGGUCGACGCAUGUUGAAAACUCUGGCAGACCAAGGAUUUCUAAACGUCGCUGUCAUUGUCUCCAGGAAGCUUGGUAAACAUUUAGGUCCACUUAGGUUUGACAUCAUGAACAAGCUGGCAUUAAGUGCCGCAGCUAAACUGUGA